GCGGAAAUGAAUUGUCAAAUGUAAGGUUAAAUAUUAUGAUGUAAAUUAAUUUAAAAAAUCAGAUGUCAAGUUUAUCUAUGGUUUUUAUGUAAGCCAUUUUAAAGAAACGAGAAUGUUAGGACCUGUGGAUGCUUCAAAAAGACCUUUAACAAUUCCGGCACGUUUUGUACCAUACAUGGAAAAGCACAGAAUAUAUGAACUUUUUCACGAACUCGCAACCGAAUUGGUGAUGAAAAAACCAUUAGACCACAUAAUGUAUUUAAAACAAUGCUUGCAUCACGCGGCUCGAAAACGCGACGUUCCAAGAAUUAUUUUGCUCGCUCCUCCCGAAUUCGAUAAACUAAAAUUGGCUGAAACCCUGCACGCCGAAUUAAGUAUUCGUCCAGUGACAAGGAAUGAUAUUCGUGAAGUUCAUAAAUCGGAAAUUGAUGAAAAAUGCGAGGAAGCUGAUGAUAUUGCUUUAAGUAUGAGGAAAAUUCUAAGAACAGGGAUGAUUCACGAUUCUGGUUGGGUACUUGUUGAUGUUCCAAGAACAAGAAGCGAAGCUCUGGCUUUGCAGCGAAUUGGCGUUAUUCCUACUCACGUAAUUGAAAUUAUUGACUCUACGUUGGAAUAUCAAGAUUUUAGUAAUGCAGUAAAUAAUAUGCAUCCGCCCUUAAAAAGUCGAUAUGAGCGUUUUAAAACUUUAGAGGAGAGGGAGUAUAAAAAGAAUAUUCUUGGUAUAAGGAAUGCCUACUCGAAUCUAUUAAUACAAAUGGAAGUUGGUGGAAGGUCAAUAGAAGAUCUUGGUAGGGACUGUGUGAUUUUAGCUAAAAACAAAAAAAAUUGUGGAGCUCCUUCUGUUUUUCGAAUUGCUUUAAUUGGUGCUCGAGGUUCCGGAUGUCAUACAGUUGCCAAAUAUUUAUCUCAGCGAUAUAAUAUUAUUCAUGUGGACUUCAAUUACAUUAUGGAACAAUCACGUUUAAGACAAACACUUUUAGGGGACAAAGUUCGGAAAUACGAGCAUAAAUGGGGCAGAAAACCUGAUUCUGGAAUUCGAAAUGAGAUUGUAGAGAAACGAGUUCUUGAGAGAGAUUGUUUGAGGAAAGGAUGGGUUCUGACAGGAUACCCAAUUACAGUUGAGGACUUUAUUCUUUUUGACCGAUUGGCUACUCCUCCCAAUAGAGUAAUUUUUGUGGACGUUGAUGGCUGUACUCUUCGGGAACGAUUAGUCGCACGUCGAUAUAAUGUAGUUACGGGAAGUGAACAUAAUAUAAGUUCAAAAAAUACUGCUGAAAUAUUCGUUAGCGGGGCCUUAGGAAUUCAUCCAAGAGAUUAUCGAAGUGCGAUAGAAGAGGAUAUUUGUGAGUACGAGGAGAAUGUCAAUGAACUGAAAAAAUAUGCGGGGGAAUCGGCUCAGGUGAUUGACGGAAAUGCAGAGGAAAAGAUUGUGAGGGAGAAAAUUGAGGCAUGUUUGAUAAAAGCAGCACCAAGUGCACCACCGAGGAUAUCUCAACUUCCGCCGGAAAUUAAAUCCUCUCAAAUCGAAUUCGAUCCUUUCGAUGAACCGGAUCCACGUGUUUUUGAUCAAAUUCGAGAACCAGAAUCUACCCUUUCUUUAAUAUAAGAAAAGAAACGAAUCAUGUUAUUUUUUACAGAAAAAUACAAAUGCCAACAGAAUCUUGUAAUAAAUUAAUGUUUGAAAUUGUUUCUUCCAGCGAAGAGAUUUAAUUUUCAAGAUUAAAAGUUGACCAAAUAUUUUCGUAGAAAUUCAAAAAUAUUUUGUCAUUUUAAUAGAAGUCUAGUUGAUCUAAGGCAAUUUUUUUGGCUCAUACUAGAAAAAAUUAAAGUCAAACAACGAAGUGUUUAUCAUAGAUCGGGAAACCGGGAAUUAGUCCGGCAUUUUGAGCACAAGGAAAAAGUCGCUAAAUAAGCAAUUUCUGAAAAACAGGGAAUUUUCAGAUUUGUAUAAUUCAAAAUUGAAUGUUCCUUUCGUAGUAUAUAUCUAAGAAUUCAAAGUACCUUUUAUGUAUGACACCAAAAACUUCCUGUUAGCAU